AUGGAGGUUCCAAUGGCAAGUGUACCUCUAGAGGUGAUUGUUGUUGGUGCCGGUAUUGAACCAGGCAUCGGUGGUAUGGCGGCAGCCCUCACAUUAGGUCUGCGAGGGCACCGUGUCACUAUCCUUGAAGCUGCACCGAAGAUUAUGGAAGUGGGAGCUGGGAUCCAAGUGUCCCCAAACAUGAUGCGACUAUUAGAGCGUUGGGGCGUCUCGGACUUAAUUCACACCCAAGACGUAGCUCUAGAGCACAUCCAAGUCCGAAGAUGGGACAACGGCGACCUCCUCGCCACAAUGCCAGUGAACAAGACAUUCGGUCAGCAAGUCGUGAUUCACCGCGCAGACCUGCACAAUGCUAUCAUCAACAGGGCCACAGCCCUUCCCAACGUCAAGCUCCGCGAGAACUCAUUUGUCACACACGUGCAGUUUAGCCCAGCCAAUGUUACUCUCGCCAACGGUGAAAUCAUCCACGGCGACGUGGUGAUCGGUGCAGACGGCAUCAAGUCCAUCAUCCGUACUCACCUGCUCGAAGACUCGACUGUUAAAGCAGUUGCCACUGGCGACGCGGCGUACCGCAUCAUGCUACCCCGGCACAUGAUGGAGCAGGAUCCUGAAUUGAAGAAGCUCAUUGACGAGCCGCGGGCGACUCGUUGGUUGGGCCCUUCGCGCCAUAUUGUCGCCUACCCUGUGCGAAAGCAUGAGCUGUACAAUGUGGUUUUACUUCAUCCCGAUAGCCAUGACGUUGAUGAGUCUUGGACCACACAGGGUUCCAAGCAGGCUAUGGCUGACAACUAUGAAGGGUGGGAUAGUAGCGUGGGGAAAUUGAUUGACCUAGUCAGUGAUAACGAAGUAUUAGAGUGGGAAUUAUGUUUGCAUCAUCCAUUGAAGACAUGGGUUCGUGGAUCUGUCGCUCUGAUCGGUGACGCGUGUCAUCCCAUGCUUCCGUAUAUUGCCCAAGGUGCUGCUCAGGCUGUUGAAGAUGCGGCUGCGCUCGGCGUCGUGUUGUCGACUAUCUCAUCACGCGAGGAAAUUCCGAUAGCAUUGAGUGCUUAUGAAAGGUCCCGGAAAAAGCGUGCUGAAAUGGUGCAGCAGUCUGGAUCGGACAAUCGUAUCACGUUGCAUUUGCCAGAUGGGCCCGAGCAAAUUGCCCGAGACGCGCAAUUCAAGGCUUCAGUCGGCGAAAAUAAUCCUGAUAAGUGGUCGGAUCGCAGGACACAGGAAUUCCUUUGGGGCUGGGACGCAGAGAAGGCGGCAUUGGAUACUUGGAAUGAUCAAGAGCCGCUCAAGGUUAAUGUGAAUCUGUAG